ACUUUGGCACCUUCUUUUCUCCUUGGUCAAUUGAGAACAUGUUUGGUAGGUCAGGUAAUCGGAAUGCAUAAAAGGCGUCGGAUUAUCUGGAUUGACUCUAAGCUAUUGUGGACACCAGCCCAUAGUACAGCCCUCAUCCACUACCAUGCCUUCCUUCACCGGCGCCAUCUCCGUUGCUCUCUUUGCUUCGCUUGUCUCCCCGGCAAUCAGCGUAAGCUACUCGCAGAACGAUAGCUUUGUAGGCUCUCAGUUCAAUAGCGGUUUCUCAUAUCAAGCUAUCUCCGAUCCGACGCACGGCCGUGUAAAUUAUGUCGACGCCGCCACAGCGGCCAGCCAGAAUUUGACCUACGCGUCUGACGACACUUUCAUUCUGCGCGCAGAUUACACGAACGUUUUAGACCCCGCUGGUGCUGGACGUGACUCCGUUAGGAUUCAAUCGAACAAACAAUACGGAAGCAACACAGUCAUGGUAUUCAACAUGCGUCAUAUGCCGCAAGGCUGCGGCACCUGGCCAGCAGUAUGGACUGUUGCGGUUCCGUGGCCAACCAUGGGAGAAAUCGAUAUUGUAGAGGGGGUCAACAAUCAGGCGUAUAACCAGGCGACUUUACACACAUCUGAAGGCUGCACAAUGCCGGUUUCUCGGGACGAAACUGGAAUCGAGCUCACGACUGAUUGUAACGCUGCAGUCAAUGGUAACUCUGGUUGUGGUGUUCAAAUUCCAGACCCGCUUAGCUAUGGAUCACCUUUCAAUAACAACGGUGGAGGAUGGUACGCAGUUGAACGGACCGAUACUUUCAUCAAGAUCUGGUUUUGGCCUCGCAACAGCAACAACGUGCCAGAUGAUGUUCGGAAUGGAAACUCCAAUGUCAAUACCGAUGCCUGGGGAACUCCAUUUGCAAACUUUCCGAACACCUCAUGCUCGAUAACCGACAGGUUCGGUGCUCACAACAUCAUCAUCAAUUUGACGUUCUGUGGCGACUGGGCCGGAAAUGUCUACUCGACCUCCAACUGCCCAUCAUCCUGUAUCGACUUCGUUAACAACAAUCCCGCAGCUUUCGCUGAUGCUUACUUCAAUUUUGCAUGGGUCAAAGUGUACGGAUAGACAGCUUC